AGCGCUUAGCAGAAGACGGAAGUUCCACGUGUUUGUGUUGAGCAACUGCAGGUGGUGGGCGGAGACACAAGGGCCCCGCCCACCACAUCCCACCCUCCGGAUUGGCUGCGUAGGUCGGGUCCUGGAGAGUGCCUAGAGCAUGGCCUCUCCCGGGUCCCCGGCGCCCGGGCCGGAGUUACCCGAGCAGAACUUCGAGUACUGCGAGGUCCAGUACUGGGACCAGCGCUACCAAGGCGCGGCGGACUCUGCGCCCUACGAGUGGUUCGGGGACUUCUCCUCCUUCCGUUCCCUCCUAGAGCCUGAGCUGCGGCCGGAGGACCGUAUCCUCGUGCUAGGUUGCGGGAAUAGUGCUCUGAGCUACGAGCUGUUCCUUGGAGGCUUUCCCGAUGUGACCAGUGUGGAUUACUCAUCAGUAGUGGUGGCUGCCAUGCAGGCUCGCUAUGCCCAUAUACCCAGGCUGCGUUGGGAGACCAUGGAUGUGCGGAUGCUUGCCUUCCCUAGUGGCUCCUUUGAUGUGGUGCUUGAGAAGGGCACACUGGAUGCCCUGCUGGCUGGGGAACAGGAUCCCUGGACCAUAUCAUCUGAAGGUAUCCACAUUGUGGACCAGGUGCUCAGUGAGGUGAGCCGGGUGCUGGUCCCUGGGGGCCGGUUCAUCUCAAUGACCUCUGCAGCCCCCCACUUUCGUACCAGACACUAUGCCCAAGCCCGAUAUGGCUGGUCCUUGAGGCAUGCAACCUACGGCAGCGGUUUCCACUACCACUUCUACCUCAUGCACAAGGGUGGGGAGCUCAGUGUGGCCCAGCUGGCCCUAGGAGCCCAGAUCCUGUCACCUCCCAGCCCUCCCACCUCACCCUGCUUCUUCCAAGACUCAGAUCAUGAAGACUUUCUCAAUGCCAUUCAGCUGUGAGGCCAGAGGCAUUGUCCUCCAGCUCUCCCUGGGCUUCUCAGGAAUUCCUCACUCAGGAUUGGGGUUGUUUCAAAGGUGCUCACAUUCCAGAGGUCUCAUGUGCAAGAGAGAGGUUGUGAGAACAAGCCCAUGUGAGCCAAUUCAGCCCUGCUCCAACUAGGUCCCCAGAUCCUAGAUUUCUGGCUUCCUUCUUAUGUUCCUUUGAACUCUACUUCGUUCCCCAUAAACUUCUCCACCAUACCGGACCACCAGUAAUUCAUCCCCUGGGGUAAAUUUUAACAGCCCUUCUGUACAACAGCUGGCCUAAGGGGCCCCCUUCCAACUUGCAUUUGUGUACAGGAGAUAGCAGACUUUGAAUAUAGAUUGCUUUAUGCUUCCAACCCCA